UCGUGAUAUCCUAAGUUAGACAUUUAAUAAAAACACCUUACAUCUGUAAAAUACCAUACAAUUCGUUACAAACACCAGUUUGUUAGAAUCAUCUGUUACACUGCAGGUACAGUUUGCAUUAGUUCUCCUCCAGGCCUUCAUCAGCGAUCUGUUUCCAUCCAUGCGACCUCUGUGUACGACCGUGGCUGUAGUCGCCAGGCACGUGCACCGAUGCCAACCUCCUGCAGCGAUAAAGGCACGCGUAAUCGCUCCGGACAGGGUUGUGCCCGCUCUGCUGAUCGCAGGUAAACACACGCAAGCACCACCAAGACAUGACCAUCAUGCACAGUGCGUGUUAACACGGGGGCUUGAGUAUGGCACACUUAACCAAGCAAACGUUGGGAUUAAAUAUUCCUAAACCCGAGGGGAUAGAGGUUUAACGUACGUGGUUCUAACAAAGUGGCCUCCGAGUGUCAAUGCGAUUAAAAGUGGCAGCUACGGUUUUAUUCCCCAUGUAAACGUACUCGUUUUAGCCUUGUCCAAUGAAGCGCGACAACUUCAGUUGAUGAAUGUAGUGUUCAGCCUCCUGCCUCCUCCCCCUGCGGCGAACACCGACAGCGCGAUAGGUACUGCAAACUUUUGGAGACGCAUUCUAGACUCGCUCAUCCCGGAACCCUGGCCAGUCGACUGGGCAGACGGCUAGUGCGCGCAAAGACCGUGUGGCGUCCGUAAAGGUUUAUGCCAGCGGAAGCAGGCGCUAGUGUUUUCGCCUUCGUUCCUGCCGCAGCUGCUACUUCAACAAAGUUCACUCCAGUUCUGGAGAUCGCGUGCUGCUGGACUGUGAAAGGCUCUUUGUUCAGAGCAGCUGUUCGCUGGAGGAGCGGGAGGAGUGUACCUCACGCCCGGAGGAGCGGGAGGAGUGUACCUCACCCCCGGAGGAGCGGGAGGAGUGUACCUCACCCCUCCUUACCGUUACACACACCCAACACACGCUGGAGGAGAAAGGAGGAGGCAAAAGCAGGAAAGUGGGAGAAGACCCGAGGCCUCUCGUCUGCCUGUACGUUUUCGAGGAGGAGCCCCACAGCUGCCUGUAAACAGUGCUGGUGACGCGAUGGCGUCCAGACGUACCCUAGCUGCCGUGCUCCUGACCCUAUGCUCCGUGGCUCACGCAGGCCCACUGUCUCGGAGCCCGUGUGAGCUGCUGACCGUGGACGGAGCUCACCCCGUCCAGGCGCUGCUGAAGAGCUACGCCGUCCAAUCAGGUUGCUCCAGCCGUGGGACCAUUGCCCUCCCUCAGGAAGUACAUGUCAUCAACCUUCGCCACAGCGCUGGACAGAAACCGGCAGAGGUUGUGCUACAUCUGAGACCCGUCCAGUCUCUCUCUGUGCACCGCAAGCCGCUGGUCUUCAUCCUCAACUCCCCUGUGCCAGUGCUAUGGAGGCUGCAGACGGAGAAACUGGCCCCUGGAGUCAAACGAGUCUUUCUUGUGUCGGAGGGCUCAAACGUGCAGCUGGAGGCCAGGAAUCGCUCGCGCUCCAGCGAGGUACGGAAGGAGACAUUGCCACACAGCAACGAGAACCUGCUGUCCUGGGCUAAACUUCAAUACAGCGCCGUCACGUCCUUCAGCGAGCUCGCGAUGGCUCACGAUGUCUACAUCAAAGUUGGGGAAGACCCGGAACUGUCAGACACCUGCAAGAUUGACAACAAGUUCCUGUCGCUGAAUUACCUGGCAAGCUAUGUGCAACCUCAGCCGUCCAUGGGUUGCGUGCUCUCAGGUCCCGAGUCCCUUCAGGAGGUCCACAUCAUCGAGCUGCAGGCCCCCAACUCCAGCAGUGCGUUCCAGGUGGAUGUGAUUGUGGAUCUGCGACCCUUGGAAGUGGCGGGCCCUCUCCUCCGUGAUGUGGUGUUGCUGCUCAGAUGUGAGAAGUCUGUGAACUGGGUGAUCAGGGUCCAUGACAUACGUGGAAGACUCCACAUAGUGACGUCUGACAGUGUUAGCCUGAGCGCUAGCACGGAGCAGCUAAUGCAGGUGACCAAGACAGUGAGGCUGCGCCUUCCCACCGGCGCCCAGGCGCUUAUGCAGUGGGCGGAGGAGUGGGCCUACACCCCCGUCAGGUCCUACACCAGAACUGCCGUGGCCAACAUCUUCAACCUGAGACUCAGAGAAGCCGAUGUGGUGGACCCCCUGACGAAGAUGUUCCCUCCUGAACUUUCCAUCCUCCGGGACACCAACCCUCUCCACCCACAUGGCACCCAAGACCCCCCGGGCCGCCCCAGCUUGCCCUUCUUCUUCCCCCCAGGCAGGGACCGUCCCUUCCUGCCACUGGCCCCAUCUGUGCAGGAGCAGGGUCCUGAGGAGCACAGGGGAGCCCUAAGUGUGGGGCUCACCCUGCGCUGUGAGGAGAACCGGAUGGUGGUCACCUUGGACAAAGAGAGCCUACAGGCCAGUGGGAUCGGCAAAGCCAACAUAACUCUCCAGGAUCCACAAUGCAAAGCAACGUCCAACAUCACCCACUACAUACUGGAAACUCCACUUACUGGCUGUCAAACUGCCAAAUAUUCUCCCCAAUCAAGUCCUGUUGUCCUGUAUAUGAAUUCAAUCAUGAUCAGCCAAUCAGAGACGAAGGAUGGCAGCGGCUGGCCUUCAGAUGAUGAAGACCUUGAGUCUGGAGACGUGUUGUUCCCGGGAGAGCCCCACACCACUGAGAGGACUGCCCUGGACACAGCACAACGUUCAAUACUGUUCAACUGCACGUACAGCGUAGGUCAGGACCCCCCGGCGGGGGGCUUCUCCAGGACAGGUGGCGCCGGGAGGCCGCAGGACUCCGGAGACAACGUGACCUUCAGCAUGGAGCUCUUCAACACCAAACUGUUUCGCUACCCAGUGCCGCAGUCUAUUGCCACCGUCUUGGAAAACAAGCCCAUCUUUGUGGAGAUCUCUGCCACUAAAACAGACCCUGAUCUGGGCUUCGUGAUCCAGACCUGCUUCGUGUCCCCGAACUCCAACCCCAUGGUGCCGUCGGACUACAUCAUCUUUGAGAACGUCUGUCCCACGGACGACACGGUGCUGUACUACCCCCAGAAGGUCGACUUCCCCAUCCCGCACGCCCAGAUGGACAGGCAGCGCUUCAGCUUCACCUUCAGGUCAAGGUUCAAUGUGUCUGUGCUCUUCCUGCACUGUGAGAUGUCUCUCUGCUCCAACGGCCGUGAUGACCCUCAGGGGCUGCCGCAGUGUAUGAUGCCGAAGGUUGCCUGUGCGUCUGUCAGCGCAGACCUCAUCAUGAAAAUGGCCAUGAACACCAAGGUCUCCACCAAACCCCUGGUGGUCGUGUCCGACGAAGUCAAAACCGGUGACCGGGAAGAGGAAGCCAGCACGCAGAUGCCUGUUCCUCCAACUUGCAGCCACCCGCUGCCUCCCAGUGACGAUACCGUUCCACCCCACAGGCCUCCUCUGGCUCCCAGCAACAUGACGCCACCUGUGUACGUGCUGGACACGCCCACCGUGGUGGGCAUCGCCUUCGCUGCAUUCGUCAUUGGUGCCCUGCUCACAGGAGCCCUGUGGCUCAUCUAUUCACACACAGGAGGUUCGGCGGGGAGACAGCCCGUGCCGAGGUCUCCUCCUGUCUCGGAAAACGGCAGUGCCGCACACAGCAUAGGGAGCACACAGAGCACCCCGUGUUCCAGCAACAGUAACGCGUAGCACCCACCUCACAGCAUCUCCCACACACACUCACACACACACACACACUCACACACAUAAGGGCCUGGCAGGUCACUGUGCUAGGUUCAGAUGACACUUCUUUCCUCCUGGAUUCCUGCAGUCAGGCUCUGAAGCCCAGACUGAGUCGUGUAGCAUAAACGCAGCAUGAGGACCUGGCUGUUUUUUUUGGCAUGAAAACAACAGGAGCUGUGGACACCACCUCCUCAUCCGCCACUGGAGCUGUGGACACCACCACCACCACCACCUCCUCCGCCCUGCCUGCUCUCCUUGGGCCUUGGAGCACCACCAGAUGAAAAACGCGGAUGAGAAACAUGGACACAGUUUUUAUGUGCUGUUUAAAAAAAAACAAAACAAAAAAAAAACCAGAAAGAAUGAAAGGGAACGAGAGAACUACAAUAGAGAACUUAGUUUUGACCAUAUAUGGCUGGGUAAUGCCUGUCCAUAACAACGUGUGUUUACUCCCAUCAUUCAUCGGCGCGAGAGGGAAACGCGUCACUCGAGGGUGAGCCAGCGCGUGCGUGCGCAAUGCUGCAGCUCCUCAAAGAGACACACGAGUACGCUUCCACCCCAAUUAGUAAUUAGCACGAUGUUUAUCUUGGUUUUAGGGCAACAGUGACCCAACGCCAAAAUCAUAUUUGAAACAUCGAAACAAGGUGGUGUGAUUGGACUCCAGGGGCAAAGGUUGUUUGUGCUUUGAAUAUACUUUUAAGCUCCAUAACCUAUAUUCCUUCUCUGGGGUGGAGGAAUUAGCAUAACAGUGUUGCAGCCAGGUUGGAGUUUGGGUACACACAGGUGUGUGUUUUGGUAGGAUGUUGUUCUAGUACCUGGCUGCACUGACUGUAAGCUGGAACUGCUGAACACACCAUCACUCUGACCUCCAUCAUCAUUGACCUGUGUGAACGUCUUAAUACACCUAUACAGAUUUUAUCCUAAAAGAACAUUUAUAUAUAUGUAAAAACAAACAAGCAAAAAAAAAAAAAAUAUAUAUAUAUAUAUAUAUAGUUUAUUUUUGUGAGAGAAACUAUAAAGAACUUUUAACCAUGAAAAUAGCCACCUCUAAAUGCAACUAAUCGUCCUAAAGCUAUAGAUAACAUAGUUAACACUAUGCUCAUAUAUCAUGGAUAUCAGUUUCUAAUGUAAAGAUUCUAUGAGGUUAAUAUUUAAUAAGGAAUUGUUUUUGAAAAACGAUCUAUUUAUUAAUGUUAAUGUGCAUCAGCUAAGUACAAUAAUUUGGCCUAGACACUAGAAACUUUUAAAAAGUACAGAAACUUAGAGAUGAUUAUUAGAAAACUCAGAUAUAGAAUAAAAAACUGAUAUAUUGGAACUAGGAAUUCUCUUGGAAUUCUCGUGGAAUUCUCCUAGAUUUCUCUCUCAGAAUUCUUUGAGUGAAUGAUUUUAGGCUUAAUAAUUUGCUGGCAACAAAAAGCAAUUUACACAUUUACUAUGAGAUCACUGAUAUAAGUUACAGAGGUUGAUCUGUCUUAUCUGGGCAUUACUUAAAAAGGUGAGUUGAAAAAAGAGGCAGUUUAAUUUAGCGGAUUUUUACUCUCCUGUAGUAUGAAAUAUUUGUAAGUCAUGUCAGAAUAAUUCACACAUAUUGCUACUAAAAGACUAAUUUCAUACUACAUAAUUUAAAAUUUUAAAUGAUAUUUUUGAAAAAUUUUAUAUUUUAAAAUUUCUUUAAAUAUUAAAACGAGUCAAAUUUGUAGUCAAAUUACGGUUCAGAUUUCAGACCAACAUUCCACUCCUGUAAGUGUCAUAUCUCCCACCGAUUCAUUAGUGUUUGUUUCUUCUUUCUUAUUGUCCCCAUGUCUGGGAUGACCUUUCCUGUGUGUAGAGAGCCAUGCGUGUUCGAGUGUGCUGCAUGUGACGUGGUCCUUUUAUGAAUGAACACGAUGCCAAAAUGAUCCCACCGUCAAAAAUACACAUGAAUGUCAAAGAUGGAAAGACGCCUUUAAAUCACAUUGUUUGGACAUGUCGGGUCUUGGUAGGAGAGGAUGAAUCAGGAUGGACUUCGUUGUUUUGUGUAGUGUGCAGCGUAUACUGUUGGAUGUGAAACCCCGUAGUCUGCACACAUCAUCUGUGUCUUGUCAUUACCGUAAUUGCUUGCUGCGGAAUCUGUGGAAUGUAUUUUAUUUUAAAGCUUUUACGUGUAAACUUGUAAAGACGUCUUUUAGAGAGAGUAAACAAAGUAUGAAUAUAUAAAUAUAUUUGUGUAUAAAGUUAUAUUUUUUAAAGGUAUGACCUGGAGCCAAGCUAUAAUUCUGAUCACUUACUGUGAAAGUUUGUGGGUAUAUUUCUCUGCAAUGUAUCCGCAACAAUACGUAAUGUUUUGAUAAUCCAUGUGUUACGGCUUUGACACGGACAUGUAUUUACCGCAGCUGUGAUUAGCAUUUGUGGGUGAUAAAUCGCGUUUCUUUCUUUUUUUGCAUAUUUUAUCACUUUUGCUGACUAGAGAAAGUGGAGUGCUUAACCGUGCACACAUAUCCUUCCCUCCUAGAGGAAUAGCCACUCACAUCUUAAAAUAAUAAUAAUCCAUUAGGCGGUGUGUGUCUGUGUGUGGGGUGUGUGUCUCUGGGUGGGUGGGUGUGUCACUGUGUGUAGUUCAGAGUUCUUGCCGCGUCUCCUGAAACAGCUGUGUUGCGUUGUAUGUUGUAAGCGCUCUGAGCAGUGCCGAAUUGUGAUGUUUGUCUUUAAUGGCCAGUAAUCUUUAUUAUGGUCCAGGCCAACGGUGUCCGAAGUGUCCCCAACACAUUCUCAUCGUGUGUUCUCACUGUGUGUGCUAGAGAAAGUCCCUGCUCACUGUAGUUGACUCCUCCGGCACCUUUCUAGAAUGUUCCUGAGUCGAAUACUGUCUGUGUGUUUUCUUUGUCUGAAUGUUUGCUGUUGAUAUCUACCUCAUUAGGAGUGCAUAUGAGCUGUUUGCAUAUACUACAUGUUUGACUAUGUGUGUGGGUGUGUGUGUUCAUCUCUUAUCAGAGUGAAAUGUUUUGUCUGUUAUCUCCAUAUAUCAUCACAAUCAAUAAAGGCUGGAUGUUUCAUCAUAAUAAAUGUGUUACGUUGGAAGGCCCUUGAUAGCAGUGAAUCCUUCGGUCUUUAGGCUAAUGGAAGCAAACAACUGGGUAUAGGAGUGAGCACACGCUACACAACUGGGUAUAGGAGUGAGCACACGCUACACAGCUGGGUAUAGGAGUGAGCACACGCUACACAGCUCUUUCCACAGGUCAGUUCUGUUUCUGCAGCUCAUACUAAGUUGUUUCUGAUGGUAUGUGAAACAUUUUUGUUUGUAAAUACACUGCUCUGUAAAUAUGCAUGCUACAGGAAUGUCUUGUGUGUGUAUAUAUAUAAAAUAAAUUCCUAUAAUCUUUGUGAAA